CUGCUUACAGGCUACGCUCCUAGUUCAACUCUGUACUAUAAAACUCAAUAAGUAAACUUCACUAUUUCAUCAAACAAUGGCCUUGCUUCAAUCAUCAUCACAUUUCCUUACAUCAAAUCACUCCAUAUCACCAAACAAUUCCAAUUCAAACAACAACCAAAUUCCCAAAUUCAAAAUUUCAAAGUUUGUGUCUUUACAAUACUGGAUUGGCAAAACUGAUAGAAUUUUCAGAAUCAAAUGUACAGGUCAAGAAUCCAUCAUUAGAACAACUGAUGGAGGAGGUGAUGGGGGUAGUGGAAAAGGAGGAUUUAACGGUGGAGAUGACAGUGAUGGUGAUGGUGAUGGUGAUUAUGAUGAGAAAGAGUUUGGACCAGUUGUGAAGUUUGAUGAGGUGGUUAAAGAAGCUGAAAAGAGAGGGGCCAAUUUGCCUAAGGGUAUGUUGGAAGCUGCUAAAACUACAGGGCUUAGGAGAUUGAUUCUCAGUCGUUACUUAGAUAUGCAGGCUUCAGCUUGGCCGCUGGGAUUUUUGAUGAGACAUUGUGCAAUGCUGAGAAAUCGAAUGCUUGCUGACCCAUCGUUUUUGUUUAAAGUCGGUACAGAGAUUGUUAUCGACUCCUGUUCUGCAACAUUUGCAGAGGUUCAGAAAAGGGGAAAUGAUUUCUGGACGGAAUUUGAGUUAUAUGCUGCAGAUCUUCUGGUUGGACUUGUUGUGGACAUCGCAUUUGUUGGUUUGUUGGCUCCUUAUGUCCGAAUAGGCAAGCAGUCUGUUUCAAGCAGCUCUUUUGGACGCUUUCGACAUGCUUGUGGCACUCUUCCCAGCAGCAUGUUUGAAGCUGAGAGGCCAGGGUGUAAAUUUACAUUGCAGCAGCGUAUUUCAACGUUCUUUUACAAGGGAUUUUUGUAUGGCUCAGUAGGAUUUGGGUGUGGCCUCAUUUGCCAGGGUUUUGCAAAUUUGAUAAUGACUGCUAAGAGGAGCAUCAAGAAGUCAGAAGAGGACAUACCUGUCCCUCCUUUAAUAAAAAGUGCUGCACUCUGGGGAUUCUUUCUAGCUGUCUCUGCGAAUACUCGAUACCAAAUUAUAAACGGAUUAGAGAGCUUAGUUGAAGCAUCACCUGUGGCAAAACGCGUCCCACCUGUUGCCAUGGCCUUCACCGUGGGCGUACGAUCUGCUAACAAUAUUUAUGGUUGGAUGCAGUUUGUGGAAUGGGCUAAGUUGAGUGGAGUUCAAUAAGAGAAUGUCUUGCAAAGAACAAGAAUUUUCCUUUCAGUUAUUCCAAUGUUGUUAAAUGUUAUAGAAGCAUUGAAUUAGAUAAUAGGAGUAGUUCACCACACCCUCCACCUACCACCGUUAUUCUUUCCACUUCCAUGAAAGGAAAUACAGUGUGUUAUGCAAAGCUUUCCUAGCAAAUACAGAUGUUGCAGUUUAAAAAACCAAGUUCAAUUUUUUAAUAGAAUCACUGAAAAUCAGCCUGUUGAGAUC